AUGGACCACAUGGAAGUGGACCAAAAAACAAAGUCUCCACUGCCAGGAGCUUCUGCUGAUGGAGAUUCAAACUUUGGAAGCUCUGGUGAAGCUAAUUUGCCAAAGGGAAAGGCAAAAGAGGAAGAAAAGUAAGUUUUACAAGUUUUUUUUGUAUUUUUAGGUUUAACAAGAUGUAUAAAGGUGUUAAGGAAUUUAUUGUCGAAAGUGGAAUUAUAGUUUGCUUUGUUUUCAGAGUUUACCUUUAAGAUAAACUCCUUGGUUAACAUGUUUUUACUUAUAUUUUCUGUUUCAGAUUCCGCUACGGCAACUACAAUCAAUAUUAUGGAAGCAGACUGGAGGCAAAGUUUACCAAAGAUCCUAGGAUAGAUCUUCUACGCGAAGAAUGGUUCAGGAACAAGUUUGUUCUCGACGUUGGAUGUAAUACGGGAGUGUUGACGAAUUACCUGGCCAAACAUUGGGGUCCAAGCAGGAUGGAUGGACUUGAUAUUGAUCCAGUGCUAGUUGGUAUUGCUAGGAAGAACAUACGACAUUAUUGUGACAAAAAGGAACACGAUGUAAGUGAUUUUGACUUGUUUUUGGUUGGUUUAAAGUUUAGGUCAAUGUUUUAAAAGUAAGGAGCUGCAAAAUCAUAACUGUUAUUUUAUUUAGAGCUUAUUGUGACUGGAAAAGUUCAUUUAUAAUCUUUCAGGCUCUCGUUGGAAAACUUCCAGCAAUGAAAGAGCAUAAAGAAGGAGAGAAGAAGGUAUUUCCUCAUAAUAUUUGGUUUACUUGCACUAGCUAUGUCUUUCCUGAUGAUGAGUUCUUGGACAUGGUUAGGCCUGAGUAUGAUACAAUUAUGGCACUGUCUAUUACAAAGUGGAUUCAUUUGAAUUGGGGAGAUGAAGGUCUAAAGAGAUUCUUUAAACGAGCGUUCAAGAAUCUGAAGUCAGGCGGCGUAUUCAUAAUGGAGCCUCAAGAUUACAGGACGUACUACAAGUCUUGUAAGAAGAUUGUAAGUUUUUUAUGUUUCUGGUUUAUUUUUUAGAAGCAAAUUUAGAUUAGACGAUAUUGUUUGAACUUUGAAACCUCAGUGUUUCUUGCAUAGUCAAUGUUAAGAUACCUAAUUCAGUUAUUUUCAGCCAUCCCUCAAAGAAACCUACAAAAACUUGAAAAUGAGGCCAGAGAUGUUUGCUCAUUACUUGUUCGAAGAAGUUGGAUUUUCCGAAUUUGUAGAUUUGGGAAUCCCAGAAGCCAAAACGAAAGGGUAUCAACGGCCGAUCUAUGCCUUCAAAAAGAAAUAA